AUGUUGUUCAGAUUAAAUUUCUUUUUAUGUUGUGUUGUUCUAGCUUCUUGCGCUCUUACGAUAAUACUAUCCGAUGAAGAAAACACCGGUUGGUCGACAGAUUAUGAGUAUAAUUCGAAGUCACUACCAUCUAUAGAAGUUAAACUAAGUCCCCCGGAAAAUCCUUUACCACAAGUUUCAGCAGAAAUUAAGCUUCUAGAAUCUGCUAGGCUCAAAUUGGAAGAGGGGAUGAUGCAAAAAUUAGAAGAUGAAUAUAAUAAAUCCUUAUCGAGUUCGAAAAUAAAAAUACAAGACACAGUUGAAAAAUUGUUAAGCAUUUUUAAUGAUCCAAAUAUACUAGGUUCAGUUAUUUCUAAUUCUGUUAAAACAUUAAAAAAGGAAAAUUUAAGAAAAGUUAAAGAUUCCGAAGAAGGGGAAAAAGAAUUAAAAAAUUAUCAAAAAAAUAAUCAGGCCAAAAGUGGCCCAUUACCACCACCGGAACUUAGAAAUCAUACAUCAUUUCUGCAACAGAACUAUUUAUCUGAGAUAAGUGAACCUAGUGUGGACAUAAAAGAAAAAAUUGAAGAAAUAGAGCAAUACAGGACAGAUGAAGAAGUAACGAUGUUUGAAACUGCUAUAUCAGAACUAGGAAUUUUGACGGACAUAACUAUUCUAGAGUUACAAAAACAAAUACAAUUACAACUAAACCCUUUCUUAGUUGACAAAAAGGUGUUGCAUAGAACUUUAAAAAAGGAACUGAAGGAACUGGGUCAACGAGAAGAAAAGCAGAAAAUAAAAGAAAAUUUUCAAAGGCAAUCGUCCUUUUUAGAGGAGGGAGAAUACGAAGAUACUGGGAACAUAUUGAACGUAAAAAUAAGCCAAACAGAUUACGGCUAUCCAACCAUUGACGAACUCGUAAUGCAAAUGCAAAGGAGACGGGAUAUCACUGAAAAAUUAGAGCGACAAAAAAUUUUAGAUUUGCAAAUGAAGUUACUAAAAGUGCAAAGCGAAAUAAUAAAAGAUGCUCUACAUUUUUCUAUCUCCAAAGUUAUAGCGCAAUAUUCACCUAUUGUAGAAACUAUGAAAAUAGAAUCUAUGAAAAUGAUUUAUUAA